GUCACUCUAGUGACAACUGUCCGUAGAGGGCGCAUGCGUGGAUUUGCCACCGAUAUGAUCUAGAUAUCUCUUGCUGACAUAACUUUCCUUCCCGUUUGUUCUUGCUCGUCCUUCCCCUGCUUGCGCGCAGAGAGAUUCUGUUCUGUUCUGUUACACAAACUGAUUCUUUUUGUACAAGGUUGAUUGCUUCGGUUCGGGGAAUGGAGCCUUUUCAUUCCCAAUGUCAAUGACAGGAUGAAGUUCGAAUGCAUAGUUAGACCUCCGCAUAGCUCAGUAGCCAGCUGAGGCUCAGUCAGGCUCCGACAAUUGAAUGACAGUGGAUGAGUCACUAAAUCUUCGCUGAUGACAAAAUGGUGCGACCAACUCCUUCUAAAUUCUACCUCCAUGUGCGACUGAUGAGGCAGAAAUAACUGGACUCCAGAAUGGAUCGUCGGUCCACGUGCACAAUUGCCGAUUUACCGCCGGAAAUCUUGGCGUACAUGCUUUCAAAACUGUCCGGUCCCACGAUAGCCAAAGUUGCUGUUGUGUGUAAACAGUUCUACGAAGCGUCCAAGAUAGAAACGAUUUGGCAACAUCGUUGCUUUGAAGAUUAUGGCUUCACCAGUGAUGAACUCGAUGGAUGGGGGAUCGAAUCCUUUAGAAUCGUCUACAUAAAGGUGCUGUACCCUUACAGCCACGUCAUUGGUGUGUGGCAGCCCCAGAUUGGCUCCUACGGAGGCCUUGUGAGCAUUAAGAUUCGUGACGGAGCCAUACGAGCGGCCCAGUAUCUUCCCCCAGUAGAUCCCAAGGUCUGUAUGCCGUUACGCAGAAAGGAACUGUUUCAGAUCCAGUUGACGUCGGAGGGUUUCACGCAGACUGAGUGUCUUAAAGGGCCACACGGGCCGCACAAGCUGCAGAUAUUGCGUGGUGGCGGCGAAGGUGAGUUUGUGCUCAAGUGUUGCAAGCCAGAAAAGCACCGAUAUCACAACAGUAGGCAAGAGGAAUUACAGGAGUGGAUUCGGCAAGAGAUCGGGGCCAAGGAGGGUGAAAUUCUUCUCUUCAACUAUGAUCAUCAUAUAGAACUGCUACGCAUCAAGUACAUCAUUCUAAACCAGUACGAUGAAAAUUGUGCCUUCCAAAGACUCCACCUCCCAGGCCCUCAGCCCAACGAGCCCAUCCAACCAGGCCUGUUCAAGGGCACCUACGGCGGACACGGCAUUGAAAUCAUCAGCCUCAAAUAUGAGGAGGACAAGCUACGAGGCUACAAAGUCACGGGAGACCCCAACGUGCCAGCCUGCCAGCUCAGCAUUGAGGUGCAUCUGGACGAGCCCAUGGUGCUGGGCUCCGCCGAACAGGAGACCCUAGCCAUGCUAGAGUCUGUAGACAGGGACGACGUCCUCAUCCGAGACCCUAAGGAUCUCCCCUCGUCCCAGCCUUUUCUGGUCCCCGCCGGGGUGCACGACCACGGCAUGGGUGACGUGGGCCGCAAACUGAACAUGGACCUCAAGAGAUGUCGCAGAAGGUACUACGGCACUGGCCUGAUUGCUAUGCACGGUUUUCGCAAUUCUUCCCGCACUCCCUGCCACUUUAUACUCUUCAACGAGGAAGUCUUUGCCCUUCUUUGGCUAGAACUCCACUCCAUCAGCAUCUUCCACAGGGUAUGCGAGCAGAUAUGACGGAGACAUGCGAGUCUAGAUACGAUCGAGUAAAAACUGAUUGACCCUGUGCACAAGUACCCCCUCAACGGUUACUAAGGGAGAGUUGGGGAGACCAUGGACUGGUUCUGCAGUCCCUCUAUUGUCCUUUGGACUUCGAAUGUAGGGACCGGUAGCUAGCAAUGAAUCCAAAAUACAUUAAGAGGUUCCUCCUAAUGUAUGCAAAAUAUAUGCGAGAUCUGCCUAGGUCUGAUUCCUGCCCCCUGAAUACAAAAUCACGACGAUAAUUUUAGUGCGGAACCAGCCUAUUGCAAAAUGGCAACAAGGUUUACCACUAAUAUACAAUUUGUGUGGUGAUGAAUCUCUGGCAACUAUCAAUAAAGAGAGGGGCACUCCUUUUCAGAGUCCGAUUUUUAAACUAAAAUUAGUCGUAUGUACUUAAGGAAACAGAAGGUACUAUAUGUAUAAAAAAACAUGUCCUACUUUUAAAGAGGGUAAGACUUAAACGACAUACGAAAAAAAA